AUCUGCCAGCCAUCAAUAUUAGCUGAAAGACUGAUAAUGAAUGUUUGGUUAUCGUCUUGAUAGAUUUUGUCUGUGAGAACAUUCGAUCUAUGUGCUUCUAGCCCGUGCAGCAGUAUACUCGGAUAUUUUACAAGAUUUUUUUUUGUUUCGUGAUUAUACUUGAAAUUUCACUCCACUUCACCCCUGGAUUACGGUAUUAAUCAGAACCAGUCUGUGCUACCUGUGGCUUGAACCAGGUGUGCCAUAUUUCAAUUCAACGUAAUUGGGACGUUUUCUUUUGUGAAGUUCAAAUCGUACAAACCCAACUGAAGAGUUCGAAUCAGCUGUUGAGUAUUCGUCCUGUGACAAAAAAAACAAAACGAGAUGUAUUUACUGAAUGGUCACGGCUGGUGAUAGUUUGAAAACUUUCUGUGGAAAUAUUUGUGAGGAAAAUUUUCGUUACCUGGUCUGCAUAUACAUAUACCUGUACCUGAUUACCAAUUUUGAUAACAGAUCCAGACGCCAUCACAAGUAGACCAAUUUUCUGGGGAGACCGAUUAGAUGGUCGUAAUAUCAAUUACAUAGAUAAAGAUUUUUAAAUGAGGAUAAGAUGAAGGAGAAAUCAACGCAGUCACCCUCACAACAUACCGUUGUUUUAAUUCUUGUGUUCAUAGGGGCCUUUAUUUCCCAAGGCAAUGCCAAUAAUCCGCCAAGGUUGUUAAAGUUUUCGCAGUCCCGAGUAAUUGUCCGGGGAGAAGACACAGCUUUAAACACAACAAUUGGGACUCUGACGGCUGUCGACAGCGACGGACCAAGCGAGAUCUUGUUUGACAUCACAGAUUCCAGUACGUCACAGCUCGUGCGUCUGAGCGAGGCCCGUGGGGCGAGUACAGUGGGGCGAAGCGUAGACAUCAUCCUUAUUGCUCCCCUUGACAGGGACAGGGAACCGUCGGAACGGAAGAUGUAUUUCUCUGUGGCAGAUGGACAGGCCCCACAGGAGCACAACACUAUUCCUGUAUAUGUGACUCUGUUCAUCAGAGAUGUAAAUGAUGAAGUACCGGAAUUCAGUAACCUUCGAUACAAAGCAUCUGUAGCAGAGAAUGCCACUAUUGGAGUAACGGUCUCCAAGGUAACAGCAACAGACCCUGACAACGGACCAGGGGGCACAGUUAGCUAUUCCAUGACACCAGUCGCACAGGCAGCCGACAGCGAGUAUAAAAACGCAUUCAGAAUAGAUCCAAACAACGGGGAAAUCAUCGUAAAUAGCCCACUAGACUACGAAAAACACAACUUUUACGAAUUUGUCAUCACUGCUGUUGACGGGCUGGGAAAACCAUGUAAGGACAACGCAGACUUUGUAGUGACCAUCGUAGACGUGCAAGACACUCCACCGUCCUUCUUCAACUUGCCCUACAGUGUGAGCAUGAUGGAGAAUGCCGCAAAGGGUGAACAGGUUUUGCAAGUGACAGCGCUUGAUGGGGAUCGUGAUGAGCGGAUCAGAAACAGCCUAAGUUACAGCUUCCUUGAUGGAGACCAUGAGAAUUUCGCAUUAAAUAGUACUACCGGGUGGAUCACGGUAAAGAAUGAACUGGACCGUGACAGUCCCAUAAUUCAACAGCGAGGGGGUGUGUACGCUUUCUCCGUAGAGGCAACAGAGAUUGUACACCCAGGCGAUUUCAACGUUGGAAGCAUCAAUGCCACAACGCUAGUCACGAUUACUGUCAAGGAUGUUAACGAUAACCCUCCGAUAUUCGACAACACCUCGUACGAUGCCACCAUCUUGGAAAACAUGCAGGAUGGUGUUCCAGUUUCUUUCAUUGGGUCGACCAAGUUUAUGUCGGUUAGCGAUAAAGAUCAGGGCACGAACAGCUAUUUUGUUCUGUCACUACAAAAGGACGGGCAACCAUAUUACGAUUUCGCUCCGCUUCCGAGAGAAGUUUUCUCCGAGUCCACGAUUCUUAUCCGGGUCAACAACAGCAGUAACCUUGACUACGAAAAGAUGACUUCAGUUCAAUUUCAGAUCAUUGCCAAGGAGGUUGACACAGUUGAGAAGAGAAGCAGCACGGCUGACAUUACAGUUCACAUUGAGGAUAUGAAUGAUAAUCCACCAGUAUUUGAUCAGGGCGUGUAUUCAGCUAGUGUCCUGGAAAACAUACAACUCGGCUUCACGGUCAUGAAAAUCACGGCCAGUGACCUUGAUUCUGGAAUUUUCGGAGAAGUCACAUACUCUCUGAGGGGCGGCAACGGCAGAUUUGACAUCAACGACAAGACUGGCGUCGUCACGGUAGACGGUCUCCUUGAUCGUGAAACAGUUGAGGAAUACUACCUCACGGUUGAGGCAAAAGACGGAGGAGGCUUCAGGUCGACAGCUGAGCUACGAGUCAAUAUCACCGAUAGGAACGACAUGAUCCCAACAUUUCGCCGUGACGAGUACUUCAGCAGCGUCAAGGAGAAUAAUCUUCACUUUAUACGCGGGCCACUUUUUGUGGAAGCGUAUGAUGAUGACCAGACGGGCACCAAUAACAGUGAGGUGAGGUAUAGGAUAGUGGACAUUCCUGCAGGGCUUGACCACAACUUCACUAUCAACAGUACAACAGGAGAGGUAGCGGUCACUUCCCCGCUGGACUACGAAAAACUUGACCCAGCCUUAAAUGGCAAGGUCCUUUAAAUAGAAGCCUACGAUUUAGGAAUCCCACAGAAACAGCGAGCUAUCCCUGUGACAAUAGAAGUUGAGGAUGAGAACGACAAUGCCCCAAUCUUCGCACAGAGUGUAUAUAUAGCAGAUGUGAUGGAGAAUGCGACCGAGGGAACCAUGGUCAUACAGGUCCAUGCUACGGAUGCUGAUGGCACAGACCUCAACCACCAGUUUCUGUAUCGUAUAGACAGCGGUGCACAGGACAAGUUUCGGAUUGACUUUCAAACGGGGAACAUAACUGUGGAAAAAGGGGCUAAACUGGACCGUGAAACACUUGCUAAUUAUACAUUAACCAUCUCCGCCACUGACCGAGGCAUAAAAUCUUUGGUGGAAAAAUGUGUGGUCAGGGUCACAAUAUUGGAUGUCAACGACGAGCUGCCUGUGUUUUCUCCGCUGACAAAAUCUGUAACUGUCCUUGAAGACACUCAGCCAAACGAAGUUGUCACUCGUUAUCCCGCAACUGAUUCUGAUGUUAAUCAUCAACUUCGGUACAGUGUGAUCCCAGGGUCCGUCCGCGCCGUCGACGAGAACAGUCAAACUGUGGAUAUCCUGGCGAAUAACAUACAAAACUACUUCACGGUCCUUCCAGAUACUGGUGACGUUGUGGUGAAGUCUACUCUGGAUCGAGAAGUUGCAGAGAGGGUAGUGUUAGAAAUACUGGUGGAGGACCUCAAUGCUUGGCAUCCCUCUGUACAAAAUGCCACAGCUACGUUGACAAUCGACUUGAUUGAUGUCAAUGACAAUGCCCCCAAAUUCGUGCCAAGUGCCUUGUACAAGGUGAAUGUAUCGGAGGGCAGGGACAUCAACGACUUUGUUACCAUGGUGGUCGCUACAGAUGCUGACAAGAAUCAGCAGCUGCAGUAUGUCAUCGGAGAAGAUACAUCUGGUUCAUUCAAAAUAUCCGAUCCAAGUGCAGGACAGAUUUUGUUGAAAAAGAAACUGGACAGAGAGGUAGCCCCAACUGUAGAGUUCAAGGUCGUUGCCAUUGACAAUGGAUCACCUGCUCAGAUGUCAUCGACGGCAACUGUUAUAGUGACAGUGGUCGACAUCAACGACAACGCACCAACAUUUUACCCACAUUUCAACGUGUUACGGGUAUCAGAGGAUGCCAGCAAUGGAACAGUCAUCGCCACCAUCAAUGCUCAUGAUGUUGACACUGGAAUCUUUGGCCAGGUCUUUUAUGUACUGAAAGUUUCCCCAGAUGAUCACAACUUUGCUAUCAAUGAUGUUACGGGUGAGAUAUCUGUUGAGGCUGGCCUGGACAGAGAGUAUAGGCCUUCAGGCUACAGUAUAGAAGUGACCGCCACCAACAGUCUGGACCCUGAUAAUCAGUUGUCCAGCUCCACUGGGAUUAUACAGAUUGAUAUUCUAGACAUUAACGACAACAAACCUGAUAUCACAAGCACCCAAGGUAUCCUCAAGUCUCUCAAGGAAGACGAGGCCAAUGGUACUGAAGUGUGUCGCAUCCAGGCACAGGACCCUGACCUGGGUUUGAAUGGCACUGUGACCUUCUCUUUAACAGCAGAAAGUAACACGACAGGUGGGUUUGUGUGGUUCGCUAUGAACACAUUGCAGAACACUGCAACAGGACAGAAUGAAGGAGUGAUGACACUUCGAGAGAGUAUACUGGACCGGGUUGGAGAGUUCUAUGUCACAGUGCGAGCGACGGAUCUCGGGACUCCAACUCUGUUCUCUGAGAAACGGCUGAUGAUCACUGUAAAAGAUGUCAAUCGAGACCAACCCACCUUCGUCAGACCAUCGAGUGAUAGUGAGGUUGUUUACGUAAAGGAGGAACAAGAGGGUGCCCAUGUGAUGAUUGUCAAGGCAAUUGACAAUGACCACGGUGAGAACGGGCGGGUACGUUACAAUAUCUCAAAGGUCAAGGACUACAUCUUCUUCAAGCUUAAUGAGGACUCCGGACUGCUGACAAUCAAUGGGACAUUGGAUAGGGAGGACCCGACUCAUCAAGGGAAAUACCAGAUACAGAUCAACGCUUAUGAUAAUGGUUAUCCUAAAAGUUACAUCAGGUCAACCAACCUGAUUGUCCAACUGCUUGAUGUCAACGAUCAAGAUCCUGAGUUUGAGAGAAUUCCCAGCAUGGAACCCUUCCUCCUCGGACCCGUUCCAGAGGAACAGUCUGAGGCGUUCGUUGGUUACGUCAAUGUUUCCAAAGAUGCAGAUACAGACCUGAACUUCACGAAAACGUGUUAUCAUAUUGUUGGGGGCAGCAUGAUGGAUUAUUUUCACCUCAAUGUGACGGGAGGACUCUUCAUAAAAAGUGCGAUUGACAGAGAAGGAGGAAUCAAUGGGCAACCAAUAGACACUAUAGAUUUGGUUGUCUGGGCAACGCCGCUUUGUUACCUGGAAACAGGCAUGACCUCCAGGAGAAAAAGGUCAACAAAUUUACGUUUGGCACCCUUGGAGUAUGACCCUAGAAAUACCACGUUGCUUUGGGUUAAGGUCAAGAUUGGCGACAUCAACGACCAUGCCCCUAGAUUUAAAGAGCCUGUUCUCAGUAUAGGCGUCAGUCGUAAAACGCAACUGGCAGAAAUCAUCUACAAGUUACAUAACGAUGUGAUAGAUGAAGAUAUUGGUAAGAAUCGAGCCCACAGAUACCACUUGAACAGCAUAGCUUUUAACCCUUACGCUGGUAGUUCUAACCAACCCCAGGCGACAGUCAACGCUUCCUUCUAUUUGUUUCCAAAUAAUGGCACCAUCAAGACCAGCACCUAUUUCCGGUCUGAUUUGUCCGGAUAUUACCUCAUGAACGUGUCUGUCAUGGAUACAGUGGCGCCCUUCUACUCCAAUAAUGCUAUGAUACGGAUAUCUUUGAUCAACGAUAAUCAAAGGGUCAAAGUUAUUUUCAGGAAUUCGGUCGAAGAAGUCAAAAACAUUUCCUCCCGGUUUAGAGAUGAUCUGGAGAGAAUUACAGGCUACAGAAUCGUUGUGGACCAGAUACAGACUCAUGAAAACUCCGAAGGAAAACCAGAAGUAGACAAGACAGAUAUGUUUAUCCAUGCCGAGGAUAAAGCUACAGAUACCAUCAUAGAACCUUCAGAGUUGCUGAGUAAAAUUGAUGCUCAUGCAGCAGAAUUGUUAGGAGUGUUGAAUGAAUAUAAUAUUCUACAAAUCGUGCCUACGACACAAGCAGAAGAAGAAGACGACUCUAAACGUUUAUUAGUGAUGUCGAUUAUCCUCAUAGCGAUCGUCCUUGGCAUCCCCUGUCUUGUACUGGCGAUUAUCCUCCAUAUCACCAGGAAACAAUAUCAAAGAAAACUAAAGGCUGCUACUGCAAUGGCAUAUGGGUCAAAGGAUUCAGAUAUGCAGAAAUUGGAAAUGCCCGGCACAAACAUGCAUGCAUAUGAAAAUGCCAACCCUAUAUUUAUGGAGAAGGUGCUUUUAGAAGAUGCUGGGGAAGUGGAUGAUAACGAUUCGAUUGAUAACAACGCAGUAGAUCCUGCUCAAAUCCACCCAUACGAUGUCCAAGAAAGGUCUCUAAACUUCCUCGGCGAGUACGACAAGACCUCGACAUUCGGACCACCAGACAUGAACCUCACCGCGGCAUUGAAGGCUCACGAGGAUUCUAAGAAUCAAAGGACAAACGGCCAAGUUAACAACCAUAAGACAAUGAACGGUCACGUGGACAAAACCGAGACAAAUGGCAUGGAUUCUCUGUUGGAUGGCCUUAAGACAACGGAGAUAUGACAGAACUGACUGGAAUCGUUAUGUCUAUAUCAUAGAGUGUAUAUAUAUAUAUAUAUAUAUAAGAAAGAUCGUUAUAUUUUUAUUUUAUAUGAAAGACACAUGACUAAGUUAAAGCAUUUUCAUUUAAGUAUUUGAUUUAUUUCUAUACGAUAAUAUGUGUAUAAACGUGACAUUUUCGGCCUGGUUAUUGUGUGUACACGAUAACUGGUCGAGUUCGUCAUACAAUGGUGAUACCGUUUUCAAUCAAAUUUUACAAUGCAAUGUUAAUGCUUUCAAUUGUAUGGCUAAUGUACAAAUCAAAAUCGCAGGAGUAGUCACAGAAUGGUUUAGGUGCUGCUUCAAAAGCUUGUCCAUUAUAGUCUCUUCUAUAAACUUUGAAAGUAAAUGAUUAUUUACACUAGGGAAGUGUACAUAAUAAUUACUUACAAGCGCAUUUUACUACAAUACAGUAGUACUACAAAUACAGCUACUAUUAUAAAGUGGAAUGCUGGUUCGAGAAUAUCAAGAACUCAGCAUGGCCCAUCAAUUAAAAUACACAAGAUGCCACAAAGAAAAGUUCGUUCAAGUUCCAACUUUUUCAUAUUGUCCUAUAAAACAUUUGAUUGUUUUUAAGAACAAAAUGUAUUUUUCGUGAUAAUCUAAACUCUAUACUUGGCACUGAUGAUUAAUGUUAAGAAAGGUUGUGUUCGAUUUCGUUUCAUUUUGAUGAAAUUGAAAUACAAAAUGUAUGUGAAAUUAUCAGACGCAAAGUGCAUAUGAUGCAUGCUUCUCGUCCAGUUGUACUUACAUAUCAGACUGAUUGUAAACAUUGUCUGAAGUUCGAAAAAUAAUUCGAAUUUAAUUCCGCAAUGAUUACGAUAAUUACUGUACAUUUCAUUUGUCUUUUAUUUCGCUGCUGGCGAUUACGCAGUGAAUUGUCGCCGCCAGAAUUUCUCAUUUUAAUGCUUACCGAGUUUUAAAGCUUCAACUAUAACUUUAUGUAGUGUAGAUGACAAAGACAACGAUACCACGGAAGUGUGGAUUUUUCUGGUAAUCACUUGGCAAGAGUAGUUACGGGCGAUAUGCUUGUACAAGAGUAGUAACAGGCGUUACGCUCAUACCACAGUAGUUUAAUUGCGUUUGAAGAUUCCUCGGAUAAGUGAAAUGAACAGUAAGACGUAUAUAUCUAUGCUAUAGACUUCUACAUAUAAUGCUCGGAGUCUAGAACCCACAACGACAACGUUUGAUCUUGCCGCAGACAUUAUUAUGAUAUAAUAGCUCAUGUCAACAGAAAUGUUUAUCUGAUCAUUAAUCACAUUUCGAUGAUAGUAUCUUUGUAAAAAUGUUCACCGUGUGUAUGUCUUGUAUGAAUGUGUUUUACUCACUUCUUUAACUUAUUGAUCCUAUUAAAGUUUCUUGUAUAUUUCUUGUAAUAUAGUGUUAAGGCUGGAUUUCUUUCUUCGCAAAAAACAUUAUAAAAACUGUUCAUCUUUCUACGAAAUGCUAGUAGUAAAAUGAUCUAUUAAAAUGUUUUUUCCCCUAAAUAAUAUGGUAUUACCUAUUUGCAAAUGCGUGUCCUAUGACAUUUUAACUGUGUUAAUGACAUAUUUUCACUGAUAUUAUUGUAAACAUUCGAUUGUAGGAGUUGGGAGUUUUAAUUGAUUUAAAACUUCAAUCGUGAUAUUCCUUGUUUUUAUGCUCCAUUAAAACAGGUUUGUAGAAAAAGCGAUACAUGUACAUAACUGCAUUUAGAAUAUCUAAACUUGUGGUUAAUUUGUUAUUAAGUAACUGUGUGUCUGUACUUAAACUAUGAUAUUGAGUCUCUUCCAUGACAAACGUCAUGAAGGGAAAUAAUAUACCAAAUCACGCAUUAAAUCUAGGAAUGGGCGGUAGUGAGGUACAUCGACGAUAAAGUAUCUGUCCUUUUUGUCUGUCCAAAAAUUGUUUUAUAUGAUGUAUAUCUGGUAACGUGUAUUCUAUAGUACCAAACAGCUUAAAUGUGAUAUUGGAUUGAUAUUAGUAUUGCAUCGUAUUAGAUAAAGCAUGCAUUGGUCUCCCCACCUAUUAUGAUCAUUAUAUAAUGUAUUGUAUAUAGAUGUAUAUUUUGUAAAAUAUGUCUUUCCAUCCCAUUCCUCUGGCACAUUUCCAGUGGUAGUCUAUUGUUGAUAUGCAUCUUGCUUUUGAGAGUUGAAUAAUAAUAAUAAUAAUAAUAAUAAACGAUUAUGUACUCUUAAAUUAGGAAAAGAGCUCAUGGGCACUGUUCAACCUCGAUUUUUAAUCAAAACAUUUUAAAUAUUUCAUAUAUUUUAAGUUAUUUCAAAGCAAAGUUUUCAAAAUGAAAAAAAGAAUGUGGACUUUUAUUUGAUCAAAUUAAUAUGCAUCUUGCUUUAGUUUCCAUAUCGGAAGUAUUAUAUCCUGAAGUGUUUUGUAUCAUUUGUCCUCCAUUGAUCCCUUAUUGCGGAUACACCUGAUAUUUAUUCACUAUAUUCUUGCCAUAAGCUAACCGCCAUAUAUACAUAUAUUGUAGAUACACAUUUAUUUAUCAUUGUACAAACUGCAUUCUAGUCAAAAUAGAUCUACUUUUCCAUUGUAUGAUUAAUGAUAUGUUUCCUUUUUGGUAGGGCCCUUAUUUAUUGAUGUCUCUUGUUGUUGAUAUUGAACUGGUCGUCCGCUGAUAAAUGUUUAUGGAAUUAAUCAUGAACUGCGGUAAGACGUCGUGAGGUUUUUGUUUUUGUUUCGAACACCUUUUGUUUGAACUCAGGGAUCUGUAAUUGAUAAGUUAAGUAUAUUACACAAUACAGAAGAUAUUUGCUUAAACAACUUAUAGUUUCAAGUACUUGAAUGGAGAUAAAAAGAUGUGUACUAGCUUUUGUGGAACUGUAUUUUGGUCACUAAAAACAUAAUGUAUAUACACUAUUAUAUUCAGGAGUUCCAUUUACAUGAAUUAAAAUCUUAAAAUCGAACAAUUUGGAUGCCCAUCAUUUAGGUUUAAUUGAGUUUUUUCUCGAGAUAACUUUGUAUAUUAAGUUUUUUAUACUGUAGUUAAGAAUCAAUGUUUAACAACAGAAAAUCGCUUCACAUUCCGAUAUAAGACUGUUUAACGAAUCACAUUAUUACCAUUAAAUUGCAACGUACCUAAGGGCCAUUUUAAAAUUUUGUUUUAAAAGGAGAGAUUAUCACGAAUUACCGGUAUUGGUCAUGUGGCAUUUUUUCCUUGUUUACGGUAAAACUAUGUAUGUACAUGUAGCCUGGAUGAUUCCUUUCCACAUAAGGGGCAAUCUGCCAGUAUUUUGUUUGGAUACAUUCAAUCUCCAGGUUAAGGAAAUUACUUUGCGGCUUGAUUAAUCAAAAAACACUUUUUUCAAUUUAUUUUAAAUUCUUGCUCGUUUUAUAUUUUCUCUUUACUGUAAAGUGUACAUUUUAUCAACGUGUUCAUAGAUUUUAAAUGUUGGAAAAGACUGAGACACGUUAAAAAAAGGUGAGCUCGAACAGUUUGUGAAAUAUUGUGUCAGUAUGAUAUGUAUGUUUGAUGCGUGAUUCGAUUGAAUGGAGAAUGUUUUAAAAUAUAUUUUUAUAUGCUAUAACAUUAUGAACGAUAUUUGAUGAAAGUUUUAAGAAUGUUAAUUCAUGAUGGAUCGUCAAUGAAUUAUUGAAAUGUACAACAUUAUGAAUGAAAUCGAAAUAAGAUGAUUCAAUAGAAAUGAAUGCGUCAGAUCACAUGAAAUAUUGUCUUUCACACCUGGAAGUUGCGGCUCAUCAGAAAUCAAUUUGAACUGUAAGAUUUAUAUUAUUUGUUGCGAAAUCCAUCUUAUUUUAUCGUUUCUCCACUUUUCAUCCUGAGCUUUCUAUCGAUUUUUACAGUUUUGAAAAUGUAUUUUGUUCCUAUAGAAGACAAAAUUGAACAAAGUCAAGUAGCUGUAGAUGUUCAUGAAAAUUGAUGAACUACGAACAAAACAUCACAAUGAUUGCUUUUAUGUAAUAACAUGAGAUCGUCUACUAAGAUUAAAUCGAGUGAUAUUAAUCUAUAUUGAAACGACAUUUAAUUAAUCUAGUCCAAUAUUUGUACAUAUCGACACCCUGAUCAGCAUUUUAAUUAAACGGUUAAUGAGUAACACUCAUCACUACUAUUUGUAUGAUUAGGUGUAUUUUAAUUAAUUUUGAAUUAUUGAUAUUUACAAUGAAAAUGCUAACUCAUAGACUGCUAGAGAUUUUGUUAUGUGUAUUUGAUAAUAUUGUAGUUUUCCCCUUGCGUGUCGGCCAUUAGAUAUGAAAAUGAAAUUGAAAUAUUUAGAUGUCAAAGUAUAUAUUUUGAUAAAACCGGAUAUAUGUCCACUUAAUUGACAAUGUUAUCUUCUAAAAGGUUAUUCUUUGUUAACUUUUAUUCUACGUUUAGUUUCGUUUUUUUUUUCUCAAAAUCAAAACUAACCGUCUGCAUUAUGUUUUCGUUUAUUUUUCAAAAUCAAAAAUAGAAAUUUGAUUCACUUAAAACUGGGUCCUUGUCUGAUACUUCAAAAAUCAAUGAAUAUUUUCUUUUAUCAAGUGUCUUCUUUAGCGUUUCUGUUCUUAUAAUGGCUGAUAUCUAUUCGCUGAUACAAGAAGGUGGGCUGUAGGGUUUCACACGAGUAUUCCAAGGACCCGUAUACCUUAAAACGUUAACGUAGUUUGCGUUAACAGUAUAUAUUGAGCGUGAUGAUGAUUGGUGCUAUUCGUAGUAUGGUCACGUAGUAUUACUAUCCAUAGGUUUAACACGUGUGAAGAUGAACUCCGAUGCAUUCUAUGCAGAGAAUUGUCCUAUUAAAUGUUCGAUUGUUACAAAUUAA